CUUAACGUCUGCAUCACUUCCAAUCAAUUGCUUCCAAUAUAAUAGAACUCUUAAAAUCCUCCAAAUAUAUUAAUUAACAAAUCUUCAAUCUAUAGCAGAGAAGAGCGUGACGAGGAGGAGGAGGAGGAGGAUGCUCGAGCCUUUAAAUAAUCUGCUCCUUUUGUCAACGCGUUUCUUUCCUCUUCUUUCUUUUACUCCUUUCCUCCUCUCUUGUUUAUGGUGGUGAAUGGGAGUUGGAGAUCCUCUUCCACUUCCGCCGGACAAGAACCUAUGGGAGAAAAAACCGCUGGAUAUGGCGUCACCUUCUUCUUCUUCCUCCCCUUCGGUGGUUGUGAUGAAUGCUCGGUUGUCGGAUUCUCCGGUUCUCUUAUUUGUUUAUUUCCACAAGGCUUUCCGUGCACAGCUGGCGGAGCUCCAACGUCUGGUCGGUAAUGAGGUCCGAGACGGUUCUCAUCUAGCGGUGGAGCUCCGCCGUAAGUUUGAUUUCCUGAAGCUUGUUUAUAUGUACCAUUCUGCAGCUGAAGAUGAGGUUAUAUUUUCGGCCCUGGACACACGUGUGAAGAACAUUGUUUUUAAUUAUUCGCUUGAACAUGAAUCCACAGAUGAUCUUUUCGCUUCAAUAUAUAAUUGGCUACAUGUUCUUGAAGAGGAAAGAGAGAACACGGCAGAUGUUCUUCGUGAAGUUGUAUUAUGUAUAGGUACCAUUCAGUCAUCCAUAUGUCAACAUAUGCUUAAAGAAGAGCGUCAGGUGUUUCCUUUGUUAAUUGAGAACUUCUCCUUUGAAGAACAAGCAUCAUUAGUGUGGCAAUUUAUCUGUAGUGUUCCAGUGAUGAUACUUGAAGAACUUUUCCCAUGGAUGAUAUCUUUACUCACUCUCAAGGAGAAAUCUGAAGUUGAGAAUUGCGUGAGAGAAGUUGUCCCAAAGGAAGUAUCUCUGCAACCGGUUGUAAACUCUUGGUUGGUUGAUGCUACUCAACCUUCUUCUUUUGGGACUCUUACAAAGAUCAUGAACAACUCAUCUCAUCAAGCAGAUUUGCCAAGUGGGUUGUUUCAACAUUUCUGGCAGUGGAGUAAAUUAUCAUUUUCUAUUCCAAAUACAGGACACACUCUGACUAAUGGUAUUAAGCUUUGGCAUAAUGCUAUUAAAAUAGAUCUAUUAGACAUUCAAACAGGAUUACGCCAGUUGAAUUCUCCAAGCCUUUCACUGGACCUUAAUGUGCUGGUGGCUCGGCUAAACUUCCUUGCUGAUAUCCUUAUCUUUUAUGGCAAUGCAUUUAAGAAGUUCUUUUACCCAGUGUUUGAAGAAAUUGUUGAUCAACACUCUUCUGCUUCCAAACAAUUUACCCUUGAUGGCCAUAUGGAAAACUUCAAGAGGUCUCUAGACCUUGAAACUAGAACAAGGAGUGACCGUUUUGUCAUUACCCUUCAGGAGAAACUUGAUUCUCUCAUAUUGAUAGUAACAAAGCAGUUUACUGUAGAGGAAACAGAGGUAUUCCCCAUCAUCAGCGUGAACUGCAACAUUGAAAUGCAGAAGCAGCUCCUAUACAGGAGCCUUCAUGUCCUGCCUCUUGGGUUGCUCAAGUGUGUUAUAAUGUGGUUUUCUUCUCAGUUAUCAGAAGAUCAAUCUGAAUCAAUUAUUCAGUUCUUAAGCUGGGAAGAUUCCUUUCCCAAUAAACCUUUUGCCCAUCUCUUGUUGCAGUGGUUUCGCUUCAGUUAUUCUGGCAAAACAUCACUUGAAAGUUUCUGGGAUGAGCUCUCCUUUAUGUUCAAACCGAGACGUCAUGUUGAAGAGGAACACACUGAAGUAGCUUCUGGUUCUGGUCCUUGUUUUCUUGUAUCUAUUGAUCUACCCACUGGUUACAUGAAGGAGACACCCUACUCUAGUGCAAUGAAUCAACAAAUACUUAUCCCAGUAAAGCUCAAGCCUCUUCAACAGCUUCCUGGUCUUCUUGGUGACAAGAAAACUGGCGAUGAUCAGUUACUUAUGGACUUGAAACCAAUCGAUCUGCUUUUCUUCUUCCACAAGGCAAUGCAGAAAGAUCUAGACUACCUUGUAUGUGGUUCAGCUCGGCUAGCAUCAGACUGUAGCUUCCUUGGAGAGUUUCAUCAACGGUUUCAUCUUAUAAAGUUCUUGUAUCAGAUACAUUCAGAUGCAGAGGAUGAGAUUGCAUUUCCAGCUCUGGAGGCAAAGGGCAAACUACAAAACAUUAGUAAGUCAUACAGUAUUGAUCACCAACUUGAAGUUGAACACCUAGAUAAAGUAUCAUUCCUUUUGAAUGAGAUGGCAGCACUGGACCACUACAUGAAUGCGAAGUAUGUGAAGCUGUGUAUGAGCCUCCAAGAUGUAUGCAAAUCCAUUCAUAAGCUAUUGUCUGAGCAUCUCCACCGCGAAGAAACCGAGCUCUGGUACUUGUUCAGGGACUGCUUCACUACAGAAGAACAGGAAAAAAUCAUAGCGUGUAUGCUUGGAAGAAUGAGUGGAGAAAUAUUGCAGGAUAUGAUUCCAUGGCUAAUGGAAUCUUUGAUCCCUGGUGAACAGCGUGCUGUGAUGUCCUUAUGGCGUCAAGCCACAAGAAAAACCAUGUUUGGUGAAUGGUUAACAGAAUGGUAUACUAGUCAAGCUGUAGGAGAAGAAGAAACAGGAGAAGCAAACAAGGAAUCAUCUGAGGAUUCAGAUCCACUAGAUAUUGUCUGGAAAUAUCUCUUUGAAGGCAGCAAACCUCUUGAAGUUUUAAAGAAAGAUUCAAAGGGUACCAUGAAUAAGCUACUUGGAAAGGAUGCUCUUAAUAACAACAAGGCAGAAGAAAAAGAGAAAAAUCAUAAAGAAAUCUCAGAAGGUAAGAAGGUAUGUACAGGAGGAGCUGAAGAAAGAAGGCACACCGAGCAAACUGUCAGUAACUGCCAGAUGGGAAGCUCUGCUCAAGCUUUUAAAAUGGCUCACAAACAAAACCAAUAUGGCCAAGACAUUAGAUAUGAGUACCUCUUAUCAAUGAGUCAGGAGAGUGUGGAGGCUACACUUAGAAGGAUAUCUCUUGACUCUGAUUUGGAUCCUCAGAAAAAAUCAUACAUCAUGCAGAAUUUUUUAAUGAGCCGCUGGAUAGCCACACAGAGGAUACAUAAUCUUGAACCAUCCACUCUGGCAAACAAUAGAGAAGCAGUUCCUGGUCAACAUCAAUCUUAUCGAGAUCCUCACAAGAAUAUCCUUGGUUGCAAACAUUACAAGAGGAGUUGCAAGCUUCUUGCUCCUUGUUGCAACCACCUCUUCACAUGCAUACGGUGCCAUGAUGAAGAGGUUGAUCACUUAAUUGAUAGGAAGCAGAUUACAAAGAUGAUGUGUAUGAAAUGCAUGACAAUCCAACCAUUAGGUGCUACCUGCUCAAAUGUUUCAUGCAAUUCAUCAAUGGGAAAAUAUUACUGCAAAAUAUGCAAACUAUUUGAGGAUGAUAGGGAAAUAUAUCAUUGUCCCUACUGCAAUCUAUGCCGAGUAGGGAAAGGAUUGGGGAUUGAUUACUUCCACUGCAUGAAAUGCAACGCUUGUAUGUCACGGACUUUAGUAGAACAUGUAUGCAUAGAGAAGUGCUUAGAAGAUAAUUGCCCGAUUUGUCAUGAGUACAUUUUUACCUCGAAUUCUCCUGUGAAGGCUCUUCCAUGUGGUCAUGUGAUGCAUUCAACAUGCUUUCAGGAGUACACAUGUUCACAUUACACAUGCCCUAUCUGCAGCAAGUCACUAGGCGAUAUGCAGGUGUACUUUAGAAUGUUAGAUGCACUGCUCGCAGAACAAAAGAUGCCAGAUGAAUACUUAAACCAAACUCAGGUAAUACUAUGUAAUGACUGUGGUAGAAAGGGAAACGCCCCUUACCACUGGCUUCAUCACAAGUGCUCUUCUUGUGCCUCCUACAACACCAGACUUCUCUAGUGCUUCCAGUUUCACUUCUUGUACAUGAGCAAGUCUUAAGACAUUUUUUGUUUCUUUCUUUUUUUGAAAGCAUUUGAUUUUGUAUGAAAAAUAAUACUCAGCAUACAGUUCGUUAAAACACAUUUAAACUCA